AUGUCAGCCCUUGAAGAGGUAGUCCUGUCAUGCAGUGGUACAGAAUCAAUAGAAAACAACACUUUCAAAGCUCUGAGCACCUUGAAAUCCCUGGAACUCUACAAAAACCAGCUAAAGCAAAUACCCAUCUUCCUCCCGUCUGGCCUUGAAAUUUUAAAACUCGCCGAUAAUUCCAUCAAUACUUUGCAUGCGACUGACUUUGAAGGUUUGGUAAAACUAAGAGUUCUUGAUAUCAGGAACAACUUGAUUGCAACUCUGCCUUCAAGUGCAUUUUCUUCCCUUUUCAAUUUACAGAGUCUCAUUCUAGAUGGCAACAACAUGGAAUCUGUGUCUGCACCACUUAAGCUUCCAAGGCUGAAAUAUCUAAGCAUGGCUGACAAUAAACUAAACUCUCUCCCAACCAGCUUCUUUACAUCUUUCAAAAAUCUACAGUUUCUCAGUUUAAGUGGAAACUUUCUGACAAAAGUGCCCCUUGACUUACCUAAAUCCUUGCUGUCACUGAAACUAGAGAAAAACCAACUCAAAACAGUACGACUUCAAGACAUGAAACAUCUAGAAAACUUGUCUGAGUUCUUCCUUUCAGAAAAUCAGUUGACAUCAAUAGAUGGUGCCCAUCUCCUUCCUAAUUUAACAUCAUUGGAGAUCUCUAAGAACCAGCUCCAGGCUCUGCCACUCAGGCUGCCAGGCAGACUGCAGAAACUUGACUGCAGCAAUAACCUGAUUCAGAGGGUGACAGCGCAAGAAUUCCAAGGACUACAGGACCUGAAACACUUGUUUCUUGACAACAACGCUGUCAGCAUGUUUGAGGCAGGAGCCCUUCAGCAGUGCGCGCAGCUUUCUAACCUAGCACUGGAACAGAAUCUCCUUAUUUCUAUCCCACUGAGGCAAGUGAUUCUGAGAACAGCUGAUUCACAGACAUCAUUUCUCCAUCCUUAG